AUGGAGUUGGUACCAGUAGGUAUUCAUAUUUAUUUAUUCAUGGGCAAAGUACUGCCUACUCAACAUAAUGAGAUAUUCAACGACUAUCACUCAAUCAAUCCAUUCAUUCUUUAUUAUCCAUGGACUCAAUCCCUCAUUCCAUUCCCUCCCUCACCCAUGAAUCGAGACCUUCCCUCGACCUUCCAUCCCAUCCAUGCUUCAUCUAAUGAUUAUCCCUCUCCCACGCUGAUUAUUUUUAACUUUUGACCUUUUCCUUCCCACCACCACUAAACAAGGGGCAACAUGAUGAGGAUCCGCUUAACCGUUGCACCAAGAGGAAAAAGCUUACGAGUCCUGGUUGCGUGUCGAUGCAAGCUCAUGGGCUAUGCAGUCUCGCAGAGACACUCUCAUUCUCGAUUACGACCAUGUCCCCCAUACUUACUUUACUGUGCAAGAGGUGGUAGGGCUACAGAAUUAAACUGGACUGGGAAGGAAGUGCUAAGAUCUUACAUUAUCUUAUGAUUAUGAUUAUUUCAUUCCCCAGUCGCCAGGUCCCGCUGAUUCGUACUUUGAUCUCUCUUUGAUUAUCUUUUCUACUUUCGACUUUCUUUUUAUAUUGCUCUGCUCAAUUUAUUCUUUCUCUUUUCCUGUCAACGUCUCGUAUCUUGAGGUCAUAAGCAAGUUUUGUUCUUCGUAUUUGUGGCUGCAAUCUGUACUUUGCGAUUAUCAUAUACUCACUCAUUCUUUUGGGGACACCGUUUACGAUUGAUGUUUCUUCAUUCUUUUAUUUAUAUUCAACGAAAAGAGAGAGAGCCUCUGAAAGUAUAUUUAUUUAUACACUUUGUUCAUUGAACAUUUAACAAAAAAGAGAAGGUGAUAACACAUCCGCUCUUGGCGUACGCAACGCCAGCAUUCUUGGCAGCAUCAUAAUCCUACCAUUUUCAGGAACAAAGUUAACAAGGCUGAAUUCUAUCAGAAAUACGAAAACUUUGUGUAUUUACGAGUACUUGAUUUCAGCCUUUUUGUAUUUACUUUGGUUGCGAUUGCGGUUGAAGGGGAAGGGAGGAGAUUAUUGAAUUGACCCGGGUUUUUGGUGGUUUGACUCGCGACAAUGCGCGCCUUUACGAGAUUGGGUGCGUCGGUGUUUGCGAUGGUUCUAUCGUUAAUGACCAUCUUGGCUUUAUUACCUCAAUCGAGAUACACCGAACACUUGAGGAAGAUUGAGAUAGGUGGGACGAGUAUUAAUGAUGUGACGGAUGGAUUAUGGGAUUGGGCAAGUGGAGAUGAUGAUGGAGGGGAUGGAGAGGAAGGAGGUGUGAGAUUGGUGGUUUUUGGAGAUAGUUGGGUGGAUGAUACGAUGGAAGAGAAUGGGGAUGGGAAGGGUAGAAGUUGGACGGAAGUUCUUUGUGAAGAGCUCUCGUGUACUUCGAAAAUCAAUCUAGCAGUCUCUCAACCCGCAUCUUCAUACCCAUCAUCACCACCCACGGGUGCCUUUUCAUCCAACAAAGUCUACCUUUCUUCCAUCAAAAAUACCGCAGGUCAAAAUAAUAAUGAAACGAAAAUAACCCACGAAUCUAUGCUCCCUGAUCUUGAAGCUCAGGUAAAAUCCUUUAUCGCUCUGCCUCUGCCAAAAAAGAAACUUCGGGAAACAAUCUUCGUCGUCUCAUUCGGCACAUGGGAUGUAUGGCACUACGCAUCUCUCGAUUAUACCAAAGCUCAAGAGGCUCAAAAAAAAGCUGUCACAGAAAUGUUCGCACAACUCGAUAAUUUAUACGCACAUCAUAGGGAAAUUUUGGGUGCUACUCAUCUUGUCGAAAUCCCACAUAAUAAAUCGCAUGUUGUGCCCAAACCACAAUUCAGAAUUGUCAUCCAAAAGCUUUUCGAUCCUACAAUGUUGCCUGGUUGGAUAAGUCAAAGACCUAUUCCAUUGAGACCUAGUUCUGUGGCGGAACACCAGAAGAAUGCCGUUUCAUUGGUGAGAGAUUGGGAUAAUAGUGUGGAAAACUCUAUCAAACCUUGGUUUGCUAGUACACCAGAAGCCACCACCACUUCUGAAUGGGCUGAACCAGCACCAGCACCAGAAGAACCAGGAUCUGGAGAUGCGGUUCCAGAAACAUUCGACCAGAACGAGGGACAGCAAUCACAAUCACAAGAAAAGCGAGAGUCGAAAGGCGUUGUUGAGGAAGAAGAUAAACCGGAAAUUCCUCCACCACAGAAAGACAUCUAUUACUAUGAUCUGAAUAGAUUUCUUACGGAAAUCAUUAUUGAACAUCAAUUGGAAGAUGAAGGAUUAUCUGAUGCGAGUGGACUCGGCACAAAAGAAAGUCCAUAUGUUUCCGUAUAUGAUCCUUGUGUACGAGCAGGAGAUAACGGGGCAAGCAAGAAAAGAGCACCUGGGGAGAAGCGAAAGUCGGGGAAAAUCAAAAAUGGAAGUGAGAAGAGAGGAGAAAUGAAAAACACAAAAACAUUGCCAGAUAUUAAUGGAUUACUCGUCUGUGAACAACCGGAUGAGUAUCUUUUCUGGGAUGAUUUUAAUAUGGGAGGGCAGGCGAAGGAGACCGUGGGGAAGGAAAUUGCAAAGAUGGUUAGAGAGGGGAAGACGUUGAGGAGGAGUUGGGGAGAUGGGACUGUGCCGGGGGUGUGAGUGAGCGUGACGUUGUGAGAAGGAAGAGGGGGAAGUUAUAUUUACGAAUAAAGCAUUUCUGGGGUUUGAAGUGGAAAGAAGCGUGCAUUGCAUAGCAUGGCAUGGGAUGGAAUGGCGUUUGGGUUUAGGUUUGUGAUUGCAAAGGAUACUGCGGAGUGGGUUUUAUAUUUGUACAUACCUUUUUUGGGUCUUUGAAUGUCG